UGACCGACAAACGCUGCUCGAUUGCUCUGGUCUGUGAGAUGCAGAUGCGCUCUCUUGAUACGGGCGCUCGCCUACAGCCUUCACGAAAUUAUACUUUACACUAAAAUAGCACGUAGGCUCACAUUAUCCAUGGACAAAUCCUGCACAAAACGGUCGGCCUAUAAUGCCCCGGCGUGAGGGGAGCGGCUAAGCAGGAGAUGGGCUGCACUUCGGCCAAGCAGGUGUCGGCCGUGCCCAACGGUGAAGAUGGCCGGAAUAAAGCCCAGAGCAAUGGGGAGAUCCUCUCAGACGAGUACAGGAUGAAAGGGGCCGAGCAAGAGAGGUAUGCCGGCGGGGAGCAGGAGCGAGAGGACGGUCAGGAGGACUGCACGGAGAAAAGUGCCCUGCUGGGUAAAGGCCAGCACACGGAGGAUAAUGGAUCCAAUGGAAAGAUACUAAGCAUCCACUCCUCAGAGAGCCAGCAGGAAUUCUUCCGUAUGUUAGACGAGAAAAUUGAAAAGGUAAAACUAAGAAAACCGUUUAAAUGUCAGUCAUUUCCAGCCCCCCUUUUAUCUAUUCCAAACGACAUACAAGGCCUAGGAUUAGUGUAUUCCUUCACCCUUUAAAAUAAAAAAUGUCUUGUUUUGUUUUUCCCUACACAGGGGCAAGACUACUGCUCUGAAGGAGAAGACCUGACAUAACACUGUGGUCUGCCCCUCUAGUGUCAAGAGGACCUUCUAGUCCUGCCAGUGGCAUGGGGGUUGAACUGUCCCGACACCUUCCCAUGUCCGCUGGCCCCUUGUAGGCGAGCCCACUGAGAACACAUGGUUGACUGACUGCAACUCAAGCACCUUUUCACCGUUUCUCUUCUACCUGCAACCCCUUCUUUGGAGGAGGGGGGGGGGGGGGGUCGUUAGCACCUCAAUAUCUGCUUGGCUGUUCCCCUGGACUCCUGAAGCAGUGUUCUCCGAUCACGAGCAGCUUUCGUCAUCAUGGUGAUGAGGACUCUUUGCUAGAAUAUUUUAGAACGUCUUGCCGUGUCCUUCCCACCUCCUACCCUGAGAAGCGCACAAGGACACCUUUACUUUUACAAUAAAAACCAUGUCAAUACGAGGAAUAAGACACAAAGCAACCUGGGAACGCAUUCACCCCCCUCCAAUAUCGUUGGCGGACUUGAUGAAUAGCACCCAAUGGCGUUGACGUUAUCGGUGUUGGCGUAAACCAACUUGCAGGAGAUGUAAAUGUAUUCCCACUGUCAAUCCAGCAAAACUACAGAACGUAACGUCCCUAGCUGUCAAGAUGAUGUAAUCUCUAAAUGCAACCAUGUUCAAGAAUAAUAAUCAAUGGGUAGUGCACUUCUUGCAUUCCAAACGUUUUGUUUUGCCAGUAUUACCCUUCUAUACAGUAUGUCUUUUAUACAGUAUGUCAGCCAUAAAUGUACAUAUGUGUUAUCCCGUCCAUGUCUAUUUAUCUUGAGGUGUAGGGUAUGUUUCAAAUAAGUCUCAGGGUUCAUUUGUACUUAUUGUGGUCUCAUGGAGUCAAGUCUUCGCCUCACUUUUACCACCAUGAAAUGAGAAGACGCACUCACAUUUGCAGACACUACCAGUUGGCAGAUAAUGCCCCUUUCCAGUAUCAGUUUGAAUCGCAAAUAUACACAUAAGUUGCAUUUUCUUUCUCAUUUCUGUAUUUCUCUCACCAGAAUAAUGCCACAGUGAAUGUUUUUGUAAGUAUGUUUGAUUUGUUUUUUGUUUUUUUUGUAAAAAUAAAAGUGUUUCCAAGGCCAAUGACAUUGGGAUUCAGAAUAGGAAAUUAAUUCACAACAAGACAACCAAGGCCAUGCGCCUAAAACGAUAAUCGACUAUAUGAUUUGCACAUGAAGUGACUUCAGUUUCUAUCCUUAACAAUAACAUUCCAGUCCUCGUCACAGUUGGCCAUACUUAUGAACAUCACCCAUGGCUUUGUUUUCUCUUAAAAUAUAAUUUCCAACAUGAUUUAAAGUAAACCAUUAGGGUUCCCCUCACACAGGCUGCAAUUUUCUGUCUAAUUUUUACUUCACAAGGAUGGAUCAUGGAAACAUGGAUCGUUACCAUGGUUCCAAAACAGGAUUGCAACAGUGCUUUACUUUCUGCUCUCUGAUGGUCAAUGUUGCUGGUGUCUUUUGCGGUGCUGCCGGCGACCGUGGUCCUGGAUUUGGCCAGCGGGAGGGUCCGGCGUCACAAAGCCAUCAGUCAUCCUCUGGUAAACCAGGGUGGAGUCAGACGCGACCACACACAGCAACAAAGGGAAGCCGCGGCCCAAGACGGUACGCACACUUAGGAAAUACAAAAG